UGCCGCCGCGGCUUCGCGACCUGCGAGGCGGGUUCCCCGCGAUCAGAGGCUGCGGGUGGGGCCUCCGCGGGCACUGUGGAGCGGGCCGGGGGAGGCCGGGAUGGAGCCCCCCGGAGCACUCCCGCGUGGACCCCGAGGAGCUCUUCACCAAGCUGGACCGCAUUGGGAAGGGCUCCUUCGGGGAGGUGUACAAGGGCAUUGACAACCGCUCCAAGGAGGUGGUAGCCAUCAAGAUCAUUGACCUGGAGGAGGCCGAGGACGAGAUUGAGGACAUCCAGCAGGAGAUCACCGUGCUCAGCCAGUGCGACAGCCCCUACAUCACCCGCUACUUUGGCUCCUACCUGAAGAGCACCAAGCUGUGGAUCAUCAUGGAGUACCUGGGCGGCGGCUCGGCACUGGACCUGCUCAAGCCGGGACCCCUGGAGGAGACCUACAUUGCGACCAUCCUGCGAGAGAUCCUGAAGGGCCUGGACUACCUGCACUCAGAACGCAAGAUCCACCGCGACAUCAAAGCUGCCAACGUGCUGCUCUCAGAGCAGGGUGAUGUGAAGCUGGCGGACUUCGGGGUGGCGGGGCAGCUCACUGACACACAGAUCAAGAGGAACACCUUCGUGGGGACCCCCUUCUGGAUGGCACCCGAGGUCAUCAAGCAGUCAGCCUAUGACUUCAAGGCUGACAUCUGGUCCCUGGGGAUCACGGCCAUCGAGUUGGCCAAGGGGGAGCCCCCGAACUCUGAUCUGCACCCGAUGCGCGUCCUGUUCCUGAUCCCUAAGAACAGCCCACCCACGCUGGAAGGCCAUCACAGCAAACCCUUCAAGGAGUUUGUGGAGGCCUGCCUCAACAAAGACCCCCGAUUCAGGCCCACUGCCCGGGAGUUGUUGAAGCACAAGUUCAUUGCCCGAUACACCAAGAAGACCUCUUUUCUGACUGAGCUCAUUGACCGUUACAAGCGCUGGAAAUCUGAGGGCCAUGGCGAGGAGUCUAGCUCGGAGGACUCUGACAUUGAUGGUGAUGCAGAGGAUGGGGACCAGGGCCCCAUCUGGACAUUCCCCCCAACCAUCCGUCCAAGCCCCCACAGCAAGCUGCACAAAGGGUCCGCUCUGCACGGCUCCCAGAAGUCAGUGGAGCCAGUCCAGCGGCAGCCGAGGUCCCAGAGCCUGACCACGCUGGUCCGGCCUGUCUUCGGAGAGCUCAAGGAGAAGCACAGGCAGACGGAUGGGCGGGCAGGGGCCCUGGAGGAGCUGGAGAACGCCUUCAGCCUGGCCGAGGAGUCGUGUCCCGGCAUCUCAGACAAGCUGGUAGCCCACCUGGUGGAGCGCGUGCAGAGGUUCUCACAUAACAGUAACCACCUGACAUCUGCUCGCUGAGGCUGCACUGCUGU